AUGGGGUUUUCGAAGAAGUCUCAAUUCGGGAUUUCUGUCCGGGCUUCACUGAAGCCGGUGAAGACGAAACUUAUAAAGUUGGAGAGAGAAACAGAAGUCGAAGAAGAACAAUUCAGUGGUGGCGAAGGAUAUUGCUGCAUCACGCCAAAGGCGUCGGAGAAACUGAAAUGUCCGCCGGCGCCAAGGAAGCGCCGACCGGCGUUGAAGUGCCGGAGCAAUGUCGUUGUAGAGUAUUUGGUGCCUCCUUCAGAUUUGGAGACGGUGUUUGUACGACGCUGUUAA